UAUAACGACACUUUCCCAUGCUACGCGCCAUCCGCAGCUCGUAGGGCGGCUACUGUCGUGCGCCGACGGAGGCCUGCGACCGUAAUGCUCGUCACCCGAAAGCCAGCGCUCAAAGCACGCAAGGUGGCCAGAGCUACGCGUCGACGGCCGAAGAGCAGGACGCGCAGGCGCGGCACGCCAUCGUCAACGAGCCUGAGGUCAAAGCGGAAGAAGAGGCGGCGGCACUCACCGGCAGCCAAGGUCCGACGGCCCAGUACGCGGAUUCCUGUCAAUCGCCAUCACGUCACGUCCAAGGGACUGCGGAAGAGAGUGACUGUAUAUGUCCCUCGUGGUUCCAUCAAAGAGCAACGCGACGAGAAUGUGAUAGCUGCGAUAACAGCUGAUUACGAUCUGACUGCCGGUCUGAAGCCUCGAACGUCGUCCACGGCAUCGCGGCCAAAAACAUCCCGGAGGAUUUCGUCAAGCAUGUCCACCCUGGACAAAGACGACGACAUUGUGUAGGAGCGUGUGCUACGUCCGUGCCGUUGCAGCGUCGCAUUAAAGACUUCUCAACGAUGCC